AUGGAGAGCAAAGCCAAGAUGCUGGAGGCGCUUGCUCGCAGGAUGAAGGACACCUCGCCUCAGCCUGCCAAACCAGAAAGAGCGGCAGCACAGUCUUUUGCGGCUAUCACGACGAGGCACAAGCGACAACAGCGCACUCGGGGCCUGAUAGAGCAAUACCUGGCCAGACUAGAGCGUAGUGGCCCGCCCGCCGAGCUCAGGACAGUGGGACCCAUCUGUGAGACCAUCUUGCAACAGCAGUACGAGCUAGCUGCAAGGGCAGCUCAAAAGGCCUACCGGCAGAAGCCGCAGAUGCACAUACUCCUUGCUCUUCAGGUGCUUUGCUACUUUCGCCUCUCUCUUGCAAAAGACGGCAUUCCUCUCUUGCUCACUCUGCGCAAAAUACCGAAUGCCAACAGCGAUCCUGACCUGCUCAAGAUCACUGCCUUCUUGCUCGAUCACACAAGAGAUUUUGGUGCGCCUAUGCUCAGAUCGACCAUCGCAGACAUGUAUGAAGAGGCCGCACUCGCCAAUCCAAGCAACGUAGAGAUACUCAAACAAGUCUUUCUGUUUUUCGUGCGAGAAAGCGAUUAUAGACGUAUGCAACAGUUCGCCUUCAAGUGGUACAAGCUCAGCGCGCCUUCCACUCCGACACCUCUGUCGGUCAAGAAGACCGCCAAGGCGGCUGCUACCGGUAUAUCAGCCAGCAAUCAGGAAGCUCUGAAACGCUUGUAUACUGCCGUCAUGACCCUCCUCAUCCUCGCAACCUCGCCUAGACAUCUCGGCACGAGCAACAAGACCAUCUUGCUCGGCAUAGCAGCCAAAGUGCUCUCUGAACGUGACAAAUUCACGCUCGUUCCGGAAACGGCGCGCGAGUUCUAUGUUCGCAUCGAGCUCUUGCGUUUGCAAGCGAGCGACAGAGCUCCUUCCCGACUGAGCAAUGGCGGUGAGCCUCUGCUCGACGAACUCUCACCGGCUGCUCUCAAAGCACGGAACGCGCUCUUCGAAGUCUUCAACUCGGAUCAGGGCAUCCGCUGCUGCAACGAAGAUCUUGCGCUUGAGCUGUCGCGCAGGGAGUAUGAGCUUGAGCUUGGCACAGAGACAGAAUGGCGGUCGGGCUGGCAACGAUGUACAGAAGCGUUAGAGAUGCACAACGACACAAAUUGGCAUACGAUCAUAUCCGCCAUCCGGUUCGCAUUCAAGCUCAGUCUCCAAAACAGAGCCAACGGCAUCUCUCAUGAUGACGAAGAGGAUCUGGCGGAAUCUGCCUUGGCAGCCGCACCAGUUAUACAGGAUGCAACGCAGAGCCUUGUCUAUGUCGAUCGGACGCAAGGCCUACUUGUGACAUUGGCCGAACAGAGAGGCAAGCAUGAAAGAGGCUACGAGCUUGGUCUGCUCGAGAUUGCUCGCACGCGGCGCGAGCGUGGCCAGUCUCAACCUAAUGCCCUACCUGGCCUGAUCGAGUCUUACUUUGAUCACUAUGCGCAAAAGCCAUGCUGCUACGAGGACCUGGCUCCAUAUUUAUCAGUCUUGACUGCACAAGAGCGGGCGCUAUUGCGUCAGGUGCCUCGCUUCGCUACUCAAGACACUAUUGCGGCGAAUGCCGAUGUACAGCGUACAAUCAAUGCCGAGAAGGUCGCAAGAUGUCUGCAUGACUCGCUGGCCGAAGAAGAGCAUGCCAAUGACGGUUAUCGCUAUAUCGGUCUCUAUUGCGCCACGCUCGGCACCAACAAGAAGUUGUCGUCAACGGAUCUGCUUCCAGGGGACGAUUUCGCUUUGCUAGCAGGUCAAGCACUCGUAAGCGCGUAUCAUGUCUCAGGCGGGCACAGCCACCUCGAAUGCGCAGUCGGCUUUCUCGAGUUCGCUACGCGCCUCAGCCCUUACAAGUACCAGCUUGCAUUCCUCUUCCAGCGUAUCUGUCGCAUGCUAGGCCUCAUUUCGCAGCUCAGGGGCUCGUAUAAAUCGCUCGACCUCAAGUCGGUUCAGCAGGAUACUUUAUCGCAUUUCAUGAUGGACAGGGCAACCUCGCUCAUUUUCGCGGAUUCCAAAGGCAAGAUAGUAGACGACAUGGUGCGAACGGCUCCUUGGUAUCUCGAGGGCGAGGACGAAGCACGAGAAGCUGUGUCAACGCGACUGUCCGAAUCACUAUCGAAAGCCCUGUUGCAGCUCGAGAUCAUCCGCGAGUCUAACAUGGAAGAGGCAGCCAUCGCUAACCUGACGUACGCGAGCGCGCUACUGCCUACUCUCGAUAGUCCUGCCUUCAGGGGAGUGUCGUCUUGCGACAAUAGAGAUUUUGGCGUCUUACCCAACCUCAACCCUGCUAACGGUCAGACCGCGCUGCAGCAGACCGCGCUUGGUCCCAACACUUCGAUGAGCUGGGUUCGAGCCAUGUAUGCGCUCUACACAGCCUUCUUUGUCGACGAUUGCGGGCCCAAGACAGUAGCGGCAGAAAACCUCGCGUUCACUGCUUCAUUGAGCGCUCGGGAGGGUCUGACGCCCAGCGAGGUUCUAUUGCUCAAGAUUGGCCGCGACGUGAUCGAUUGGCUGUAUGCCGACGGCGGAUCAGGCAAAGGCAAAGCUUCGACUGAUCAUCGCGCCUUGUCUGCCAAAGACGACGAGGUAGCGAACACAUUUAGGAUUCUGCGCAAGUCGUUUCACGAUGCUAUCGCGGAGCGGCAGCUGCCUUGGCAUCUCUGCCACAUUGCAACGACGACUCUUGAGGCGUACUGUCUCAUCGAUGUCAUGUGUCAGAGACGCUUUGUCUAUGCACAUAGCCCUGCCGAGAAUCGCGUGCCGACAAACGAUCCCGAAGUCGAGCAUCGCGUGCAGAUCUGGAAGAGGCUCGAGAAGAUUCGUUCGAUCGGCAAGGAUGCUCUUGCAGUGAUUUCAAACAAGCUUACUGCUCAUGCCAAGGAGUACACAAGGGAUCGUCUGGGUGGGAUCGACUCGCUCAAGCCACUAUCGCAGUAUGAUCUCGCUCAUGAUUCCGUCCUCAAGGACAGGUUCGUCAACGAGAUCGGGCCAGCUCUGCGCGAUGCACAAGCAGAUGCUUUCAGGUCGCUUGCGAAUGCGCUCACGAAUCGCGUGAGACGGCGAUGA